AUGUCAUCAAAGCAUCGCUCAUCCUUCUCGUUAUCAUCAUCUCAACAUCGAAUAUUAAGUAGAAUAUUUCGAGAAAUAGAUAAUUUAAAUGAAUCAAUUGAUAAUACAUUGGAUAAUUUAUUAAAGAAAUAUAAUCAAUCACUUGUUGAUAUUGAACAAUGGUCAAAAGAAAAUAUCGAACAAAUAAAAUCGGUUAGUGAAAAAGCUAAACAAACAGCUGAAACUAUUUAUAAUAGUCUACUUAAUGAAUUACGUACAAGAUCAAGUACACAACGAAAUUAUUUAAAAACAUUAUUAGAAAAAUUAGAUUAUCAUGUUAAAUCUCCAUCUCAACAAUCAUCAUCAACGGUAACGAAAGUUCAAAUGAAUGAAAUUAUUAUUGAUAUAGAUUUAAAAUUAAUUCAAUUAAAAAAACAUCUUGAACAAACAAAAAUAUUAUAUCGUGUUGAAUGUGAACAUACAGAACCAAAUGUUCAUAUUAUAGCUGAUAUUCUUGAUACAAAUUUUAAUCAAACAUUAUUAGAAGAUAAUAAACAAUUAAAAUUAGAUUAUGAAUUAAAUUUAGGAAAUAAACAUCCAACAUUAGCUAUUUCAACAGAAAAUGUUCUCUUUUUUAUUUCAUCUAAAUAUCAAAAAUAUAAUUUAUCAACAACAAAUGAAAUUGGUAAUGAUCAAAAUGAGAAUGUAAAAGAACAAACUCUAUUAUAUAUGUAUGAUUUAACAUUAAAAACAAAACAAUAUGAAAUGAAAUGGAUAUACGAUGAUAAAUAUAUUCAAGAUAUUGUAUGGUGUAAUUAUAUAAAAAAAUUUUUAAUAUUAACUACUGAUAAUAUUUAUAUAUUUGAUUCAGAUAAAAAAAUAUUACAACGAAAUGAAUAUAUACCAGGAAAAAAAUUAUUUGAACGUUAUCGUGGAUUAUGUAUUGGUAAUGAUGAAUAUUUAGUAUUAUCAGGUUCAUGGCCAACUCUUAUUAAAUUUUAUGAUUAUAAUUGGAAUAUUAAACGUUGUUUAACAUCUGAUUCUUUAGCAGAUAAUCGACCAUGUUUUAUUUCAAUGAUACGUUAUGAUCAUUUCAAAUAUGGUAUGAUUGUUUGGAGUAGUGAUGCGGAUAAUCGAUUUGAAUUACGUGAUGAAAAUAUGAAAUUACUCAGUCGAUAUCCUUUUCCAAAUACACACAUCUAUUUUCUAUUACCGAUUUUAAAUGGUCAAUGGUUGUUAUCAGAUCCAAGACAAAAAUUAGUCUAUACAAUUUCAUGUAAUGGUGAUACGAUUAAAUUGUUUGAUAAUGAAUAUAUUUUAGCUAUGGAUAUAUUUUCUGGAAAUGAUAAAUUGUAUGUUCGUACAGCAACAAAAAUUCAAAUUUAUUUAAUAGAAAAAGAUAAUAGGUCACCAUCAUUUCUUAUAAAGUCAUCUGAAUUAAAAAAAUAA